GAGGCGGCGGCGGCGGAAGAGGCGGCGGUGUCGGUGUCGGUGUCCCGGGGGUGUCGGUGCUGAGGAGCGGGCGGGGGCCGGGCCGGGGCUGCCGAGAUGCCGCUCUUCGCCCCCAACCCCUUCGAGCAGGACGUGGAAAAAGCUACAAAUGAAUAUAACACCAGUGAGGACUGGGGGCUUAUUAUGGAUAUCUGUGACAAAGUUGGAAGUACUCCCAAUGGAGCAAAAGAUUGCCUUAAAGCCAUCAUGAAAAGAGUAAAUCAUAAAGUUCCCCACGUGGCUUUGCAAGCACUUACACUUUUAGGAGCCUGUGUAGCAAACUGUGGAAAAAUCUUUCACUUAGAAGUCUGCUCUCGUGACUUUGCUGGUGAAGCCCGAGGUAUAAUAAAUAAGGCUCAUCCAAAAGUCUCUGAAAAGCUAAAAACUCUAAUGGUGGAGUGGUCAGAAGAAUUUCAGAAAGACCCACAGUGCAGCUUAAUAUCUGCAACUAUUAAAUCUUUAAAAGAAGAAGGUGUAACCUUUCCUGUAGCUGGAUCACAGGCUACCACAAAUGCUGCUAAGAAUGGUUCAUCACUGAGCAAAACCAAAGAAGAUGAAGAUAUAGCUAAAGCUAUUGAAUUGUCUUUGCAAGAGCAGAAACAGCAACAAAUGGAAACAAAAUCCUUGUACCCAUCUGCAGAAAUUCAGCAGACCAAUCAGAAUUCCAGGAAGGUGCGAGCUCUCUAUGACUUUGAAGCUGUGGAGGACAAUGAGCUCACCUUUAAAAGUGGAGAAAUUAUCUUUGUUUUGGAUGACAGUGAUGCCAAUUGGUGGAAAGGGGAGAAUCACAGAGGAGUGGGACUCUUUCCUUCCAAUUUUGUGACUUCUGACUUAAAUGUGGAACCAGAGGCAGCAACUGUGGAUAAAAAUGCUGUUACUGAGGAUACUACAGAAGAAAUUAAGAAAGCAGAACCUGAGCCAGUUUAUAUAGAUGAGGAGAAGAUGGAUAAAACACUGCAGGUACUUCAGAGUAUAGAUCCUACAGAUUUAAAGCUUGAUUCUCCAGAUCUUCUAGACUCAGAAGAUAUUUGUCAACAGAUGGGGCCAAUGAUAGAUGAAAAACUAGAAGAGAUAGACAGAAAACAUUCAGAGUUGUCUGAACUGAAUGUGAAAGUUCUGGAAGCUCUGGAGCUCUAUAACAAACUGAUGAAUGAAACCCCCAUCUACUCAGCCUACUCCAAACUCCACCACCCUGCACAGUACCCACCUACAUCUUCUGGUGUUUCAGUGCAGUCGUAUCAUGUACAGCCCCCUAGUGGAAACUACAUGAUCCAGGGUGUUCCCCAGGUCACCAUGUCCCCAGCUUACAGCCUAGGACCUGACCAGAUGGCACCCAUGAGGUCUCUGCCUCAAAGCAUAAAUUCUUCUGGAGCAGCUCAGCCAGCACAAGCUGCAUAUUUAAGCCCAGCACCAGAUCCUGUCUUAAACCAGACGUAUGUGAACCAGAGCCCUGGCCUCCCCUCGGCCGCCGGCACGGCUGCGUUCCCCCAGCAGCAGCAGCAGCAGCUGGGGCUGGCAGUGGAUAUGGCAGCUUACCAGAACAGUACAUCCAGCUUGCCUCAAGGACCAGGUUAUCCCCUGGCAAUUCCUCCUCAUUCUGUUCUACAGCAACCAGCAAAUUACCACCAACAGCCUCUCCUUUAAAAACAACCCAAGCUCGUGUUUCCGAGUAAAAGGUUGCCUGACCUAAGGAAUUUUGUGAGUCCCUGUCACUGGUAUCAAAAUGCAUUUUCCUUUUAAAUAACCCCACUUAGUGCACUAGGGUGGUGCAGAGUAAAAAUAUGCAUCAGAUCUGAUUGUUAAGCAUUAUGCACAAAGAUAGCUUGAUUAGCUGAUAGUUAAUUUCAGAUUACUCUGGGCCCUAAUUUCAGUGCUUUCCAGAGAUGCCACUUGUGAAUCUUGAGUUCAGAGAAUGUCUAAAAAUUCUUUUCCCUGAAACAUGGUUAUGAAAACCUGUGGAAUAAUGAUUAAGGACCCUCACUGCUCUCGUUGUGCAUUGCCUCCUCUGGUAUCUUCCUGUAACCCUCCUAUCCAAGUGGCUUUAGGGAAUCUCUGCUGACUUAGACACCACCUUCCCUCUGCGCUGCGUUAGGGUUCCAUCUGCACUGCCUGCCUGGAACAGCUGCCUGGGCUCAGCAGAUGAGAGCUGGAAGAGAAAAUUAUUUGAUAUUGUGACAGGGAGGACCACGUACCAACAGAAAGAUGAGAAAUGAGAACUUUACAGUGCUGCCUAUUAGAUUUUUGGGAACCUUCAGAACCUCCUGAUGUGUUUCUGCUGAAGAGAAGAGUUUGGGUUGUGCCAGAAGCCACUGGUGGCUCUUGGCAGAGGUGGUUCUGGAAGCACACACCCCCCAUGCAGGAGCAGGUGAGGGCUGCUCUGUGGAUACAAGGUGCUGAGCCAGAAACUUUUACAGGAUCUUGUUUCUUUUCCUUUUUGGAUGUAUUUAGAAGUGAAGGAGUAUUGUAGUUACUUGUGGUAAAGGAGGGGGAGCAGGAAUGUUUGAAGCUGAAGACUGUGGGAAUCUGCCUUGUUCCCUUUCCAACAGGGAGCAGAGUGGAACAGGAAUUGUCUUUAUGGGACCAAGGGCUCCUUGCCUCUCUUGGAUUUCCUUUCUCAGCCACCAUUUCUAACUGAAGAGUCAGAGAACCUCUUGCACCAUUUGUUAAAGGUGCAUGGAAGGGACACAGGUGCUUGGGGAGGGGGAAUGUGCUCCUCUUUUCAUCCUGGGAGCAGUUGCAGGUUGGAAAUGACAGACGUGUCAUGAGCAGAGGAGUCGUCUGGGAACAGUGGAAGUGAAGCAUUUGGUGUGGCUGAGAACAGAAAUCUGGGAAUUUCUUCCCUGAUGCACUUUUUUGAUGGGUGGGGUUUGUGCAAGAGGAGCAGACGAGCUGAUUUAUCUUUCAGGAAUGUGGGUUUUCUUUCUUCUAUUCUUUAAACCUCUCAAAAAAAAAAAAAUAAUCACAUUGUUCUCCUCCUGUUUACUUGCUUGCUUUAGCACAAUCAUAUUUAUACCCAUCUUAGCAAUUUUGUGAUGAGUAAUCAUCUUUAUAUUGGGAAAAUAAUGAAAUCAAAUUGCUGGGGAAAACAUCUUGAUGAAAUGCUUGAAAGUCCCAGCUGUCUAAAGUGGUGUAUAAAUUUCCUACUGAACAAGAACUCUCAGCCUGUAGGCUGCUGUUGAGGAAUAAAAAACCAGCCUUCACUCAGCACCACCUCCAUUCCUUUUAUUUUCAUUUAAUUAUUUAGUAUCUUGACCUUAUUCAUGUGCCACCUCAUGCUUAUGCAAUAUGAUAUUCAGUACCUCCUCUUUAAAUAAGUUUUUAAUUUAAAUUUGUGCAAUGGGAGGGGAGCUUUUGCUUUUCCUUUUGACAUUAGUUUGUCUUUAUCAUUCCCCUUGAAGUAAUUUAGUUUAAAUAACACACGUUGCAAUAUCUUGCUCCUUGCAUUCUUUAAGAAAAAUAAUUGAUUCCAAUGCUGCUCUUCAAAAUUCUUACUGUUUGGAGAUUUAUUUUUUUUUCUGUAAGGGUUGACUUUGUUCCAAGUUGUUGUGUAGUCAGACUAAACCUUGCUAUCACUUCUAUAGAUUCUCCAUGUUCAUUAGUAAAUUGAGAUUAAGGUAGGUGUUUUUAUUGGGUUCCAAACUUUGGUCCAGCAGGAAUAUUGACUGUCUUAAACUGGGAUGGUUAGACAGCUGUGAUUUCAUUAUGUUCAGUUAAUUAUUAAAUAUAAAUAGUGUAUAUACUCAUUUGUCUGAGAUUUUCUACCCAGCUGCAUAUAUGCAUACUGUUGAAGUCUGAAAUUUUAUAAAAGCAGGAUUUGUCAUUCUGUCAUCUCUUGUAUUCCUAAUUCUGUGAUAUGCAACCUGUAGAUAGUGUAAAAUAAUUUAAUUAUUAUUAAAAUGGUGUAUUUAGAGGGGUUUGGUGUUAAUAGGAUCUGGUUUUUUUUCUUCUUCAUACUUCUAUACAUUAUCAUAUUUAUUUUUAAGGCCUGAUUGUAACUGAACAUGCUGCCAAAGGACUUCUCUAACUUCCAGUUUCUACAUUAGGUUUCUACCUACUGUUUUAUAUCAGGACUCACUGGUAGACAACUUCUGCUUUUUCAUAUAAACUCUUACUGGUUUAACAUAGAAACUCGUGCGACUUUAUAAUGAGAAUUUUAUUGUAAUAUAUUUGUUUCCUGGGCGUUGGGAAUAUCAACACUAGAUGAAUUUUCUUCUGGUAGGAGUUGGCAACCUGUUGUGUCUGAGUUGUAACCAGGAGGAAGCAGCUCCUGGGUUUGUCUGUAGCAUCAGCACACAGGGAUGUGGCCUUGGGGACAUCCUCCCUGUGACCUGCAUUCUCUGUUUGAUUUGGUACAGAAAUGACAAUGUUAAAAGAAAACAAAAGAAAACAAACCAAUUGUUGCCAUAGCAAGCAAACUUUUAGAAGAAUGUUGUGUGUUGGGUUUACUUCAGGUUUUGUUUGUAGAUGUUCAUGGGCUUGUGUUGCUCUUUUGAAGGCCGAGCAGGACGUGGCUGCAGCUGCAAUCUCUUACAGGAAUUAUUUUCUGAUAGGAAGGGUUUGGGAUUUGUUUUUUUUUUUUUCCUUGUUUUUAUCUAUGCAUCUUUUCUAAGAAAUAACAGGCACUACUCUUGCUGACACUGAACACUGUGAUGGGUCAGUUAAAGGAAUGAACGAAUAACUUUUUAGAAUUUAUGGCUCUUACCAGCUAAAUUUUAAAUGAAGCUGACUCAAGAUGUUCUGAAAUGGUGAAAAUGAAAAAUGAAGGAAAGGAAAUGGAACUGGGGGCAGGUUCUGGGCAGGCACAGGAACAUCUGCUGGGUGGCCACCUGAACUUGGAAUUCUGACCAAGCUUCUCCUUUGGGGCUGGAGGGGGGGAACAUGUCCUGGGUGAUAGAUGUCUCACAGUUCUUAUGGAAAAUUAUCUUAAAGAGUUUGCAGUAUUAAGAAGAGGGGAUGUGUUUUAUUGGAGUAUCCAUGUGGCCUCCUGUCUGCAAUAUGUGUGCAUUGCCUUGUGUGAAUAAACCAACGUUUGUUUAACA